AUGUCAUUCCCUCCAUUAGAAAAUCCAAAUUUAGAAGGAUAUGAAAUUGCUCGACAACUAUGGAUUGAAUAUUAUAAUCAACAUGAAGGAACUUUUGUUGCUCGUAAAAAAUGUAAUGGAUGUUAUAAUGAAAAUAGAUUUGUUGUUUGGGCAGUAGCAGUUGCAGCACAAGCAAUUGUUGAUGGAGCCAGAAUUUAUCCUGAACUUAAACCAUUAGUUGCUCCAGCCAUUCAAAUUUUCCAAAAAUAUAAGAAUAAUCAUGUUAAAGGAUAUUCUGCUGCUGAGAAUUCCGGUAAUGAUCGAGAUAUUUAUUAUGAUGAUGAUGCUCAAGUUGCCAGUGCAAUUAUUACUGCUUAUGAAGUCACUGGUGAUAAACAAUUUUUAGAUCAAGGUAGAGAAUUAGUUCGAUUUUUAAUGAGUGGAUGGAAUGAUAAACCUGAUGCUAAAACUAAAGGUGGAGUCCAUUGGCAUGUUAGUAAAAGUUAUUUGAAUGCUUGUACAACUGCUGAAGUUGCUAAAGCAUGUUUACAAAUUUCAAAAUUUCUCCCACAGGAAGCUGGUGUUUACAUUGAUUUUGCUGCAAAAUGUAUCGAUUGGCAAAUUAAAGUAUUGCAAGAUCCAGGUGAUAAAUUAAUAAAAGAUGGAGUUAGUGAUAAAGACACGAAUGUUAAUGAUGUGAAAUGGACUUAUAAUGUCGGUACCACUUUAUCGGCUGCUUCUCAUUUAUAUUUUAUUACUAAAGAUUCCAAAUGGAAACAAAUAGCAGAAGAUUUAGCUAAAGCUGGUAUUAAUCGUGGAGUGUUUUUCUAUGAUAGAGAUUUUGAUAAUUCAAAACGUUAUUGGCGUGAUAGUUCUUAUUUUGUUCAAUUAUUGAUUGAAGGAUUAGCUGAUUAUUUGUUAUAUGUCGGCAACGAAGUUCCAGGUGAAUUAGUUGGUCAGAUCGAAGAAGAAAUUAAAAGACAUUUGAUAAUUUUCUAUGAAUUUAUGAAAGAUCCAAAAGAUGGAAUGUAUAUUCAAAGUUUUGAACCUCAUAACACCUAUCGUGAAGUUUAUGACCAAAAAUACAAGAAGUUUUUUGGAGAUGGUAAAGGAUGGGGUUUGAAAGGUGAAGAUAAAGAUGAUCAAGGCAAUCCACUGAAAUGCUUGAUGGGAUAUGCUGCUGCUGCAAGAGUGUUUUUCCAAGGCGCUCGAGUUGUUCCUCAUAUCGACUCCUAUUAA